GUGUACUAUGUCGAGUAGUGUUAAGAACUUUACAGUGGGAUACAAUCCCCUAAACAAAAGCAACACUUUCAGUAGUGGUGAUUAUCUCAUGGGACAAGUUACAUUUGAAUUAACUAAUGAGUGCGAAGUACAGUCACUCUUUGUAAAGCUGAAGGGAAAAGCUCAGGUGUUAUGGACUGAAAAUCAUGGGAAAACAAUCGUGACUUACCAAAGCAAAGAGAAGUACUUCAGCAUCAAGCAGUUUGUCAUUCAGGAAUCUAUGGGCAAAAAUGUUCUUUCCGCCGGCUGCCAUGUCUACCCAUUCACCUUUCAGAUUCCAGCGCAAGACCUGCCGUCCUCCUUCAAGAGCUCAUGUGGAAAGAUUUUGUACACAGUCGAGGCAAAUCUGAACCGGUCGAUGAGAAUGGACAGCAAAGCAAAGGCAGAGUUCACACUCAUCCAAAAGAGAAACACUGAUCCAGUGCUGAUGACCCCACAGCAAAAUAUGAUUGAUAAGAAAAUGAAGCUCUUCUCAUCGGGAUCUGUGGCCAUGGAUGUAAGCAUUGCAAAAACAGGCUUCUGCCAAGGAGAAGGCAUAAAGGUCAUGGCUUCACUUCAGAACAAAUCCUCUCGUGACAUUAAGCCCAAGUACUGUCUGUACAGGAAAUACAGCUACUUUGCAAACAGGAAAAGGAAAGUUGAAACAAAAGACAUCCUGAAGGAGGAGGGUGAAGCCAUCCCACACUCUGCAGGUCAGACUGUCACCAGGAUCAUCACCGUCCCUUCCACCGUGGCCACCUCAAUCCUAAACUGCAACAUCAUCAAAGUAGAGUACAGACUCCGGGUCUAUCUGGAUGUGAAGUAUGCUUCAGACCCAGAAGUCAAGUUCCCCAUAGUCAUCCUGCCUGCUUUAGAGGGGUCUGAUAAUCAGCAGUCAUCUGACUUUUUGACCAGUGGAUUUGAUGAAUUUCCAAAUGCUUACAUGUCAGGGGGGAUGAGCUUUCUACAAAAUCCAGCUGCCCCUGAAUCUGCUCCACCACCUUCCUAUGAGACAUAUGGGAUGUACCCCUCGUUGACAGGUUUAGAUAGAAAGCCGUAGAAUAGGUAGAUCGAGCUUUCAUUCCUAUUUUUUUUUAUUGCAAUUAAUUGUAAGAGUAAGAAUAAUUGGUAAUAGAUUGAUUUACAGCUUGAUUUUCUGGUUUAAUUUCAGUCGUUGACCAUAUUGGUUUCUCUUAAAUUUGUAAUAACAGGAAUAACAAAUAUUUAAUAAAUAAUCCUCUCAUUCCAGAGAUUAAAUAUUGUCCAUAUUUAUUAUAUUUAAUUCAUCUGACAACAGAAGAUUCACAUUUGUGAUCUCUGAACUAUGACCAAUAGGACCCUAUCACUUAGCUACAAGAUGCUGUUGACCGAUCAUGUCUCUGAACACUUAUAUUUGCAUUAUUUUCCCACUGAGGAAAUGCAAGUCACAUUACAGGUGUGCUGGAAAUAGAACAGUAGACAGUCCUGCACAUAUUGUUUACUUAACCACAUGCAUACAUUUGCAAAUGAUUGGCUGAACUACUCUUGUGAACAUUUGAGGAAAAUGAGUCCAUGUGGUCAUGGUCCAUCAUAUCUUGCCAAUUUAAACUACUACAGCCACGCCCUGUGCUUUUCUGUAUAGCCUACUUUGAUUAUAUGUUUUGUAGUAACGGGUGGUGUUAUUAUAUUUUCUAACAAAUAACUGAGCCGACAACUGAACACAAAAAUCUGCAGUGGCUAGUUCCUAUACUACGAUCAAUAAAAAUCAUUCGCACAGUUUGACAUUUUCUCACACUUC